ACUUUUUUAUUGCCACCUGUAUAUAACGCAUUGCGAUAAGAUGUCAGUUAGUUUUGCAAGGAAAUUUUACGCAAAAUGAGGUUAACCUUAACAUUGGCCGUAAUCAUUGUUUGCUUCGGCAUUAGUUUGGCUGUAGAGGCCCCAUCUCAUAAUAAGAAACACCACAAUAAAAAACAUCUUAAAAAGCAUGGUGCAAACGCCAAAAGAGAAAUGAUAAAUGAGGAAUGGGAAGAUUAUAAUGGAAUUUCCCAACCAGAUGAUGUAAACCCGGAUGUAGACGCACCUGAAAGUUCAUGUAAAUGUUACUGUGAUGAUAUCAAUGAUCCCCAACAAGCAAAGAGACAUAAGAAACACAAGAAACACGUUGCAAAACGUGAUGCUGUCGAAUCAAUUCUUGAUCCAUCUGAUCCAAAUACGGACUGUUCAGAAGAAUGCCAUUUAAAAUGUGAAUCGCCGGAACCAUCUGCUGAGCAAGAAGGAGUGGAAGACGCACAGAAAAAGAAAAAACAUUCAGGAUUGAAACGACAUAAUAAACAUCAUUAAAAUUUUGAAGAUAUGUUUGAAAAAUGAAACCUAAUUAGUGUUGUUGUUGAUGUUUGUAUUUGGAAUUUAAAUGGAUUAAUUUCAAAUGUUAAUUAUUGUUUUUGUGUUUAUGAUUAUUUUGCAAAAAUAAAAUUUAUUUAAACAA